AAAUUUUCAUAAUACUUCAUUCUGCAAAGAAUUGAAUUGCAUAACAUCUAUAAAUUUAAAAUCCAAAACAUUGCUGCUAACUGAUUAGGACAACUGUACUUAAAAUAACAAAAUGAAUGCAAUUAAGAAGUGCACUUAUUUCAGGAGCAUUGGGGUUAGGGUUUUACAGAACAUCAGAAACAAAUCCACUGUUGUCAUUGAUCCCCCUGAUGAUGCCCAAAUUCAGAUUCCACCAUAUGUAGAGAAAGUAGGGGAGCCUCUUGAGCAGCGUAAAGCAAGACUCUUGUAUCAAUCCCGUAAAAGGGGAAUGUUGGAGAAUGGCCUUCUGUUGAGCACCUUUGCUGCUAAAUACCUGCAAGAAAUGAAUGCUGACCAAGUCCAGCAGUAUGAUCAAUUAAUUAACCAGCCUUCAAAUGAUUGGGAAAUCUUCUAUUGGGCGACAGGCGUGAAGCCAGUGCCAGCAGAGUUCGAUAAUGAUAUCAUGAAGAUGUUCAUUGAGCAUGUGAGGAACAACAACAGAGAAAAACGCAUCAGUCAACCAGACUUGUAUUAAACUAUCUUUAGCAAUAUGCAUGUUAGCCAAUUAUUUAUAACUUAUUUAAGAAUAAACAUAAAUAAAAUGUAAACCUUGAACGACAA